CGGUCUCCCCAGGGCCCGUCAAAGGAAGUGGGGACUACUUCCAUCCCUUAGGGGCGCGCGCAGCCGGGAGGCUUCGGCUGGGGCACAGGGCUUGCGCGCCCCUCGUUCGGUGAUGUUCGCUCUGCGGCUCCGACUUCGCGACCGCCACUUGGGUCUGCGGCACGGCGCCGACUAAACCGAGAACGAAUCCAGGUUUGACAGCAGAAGCCUACAAGGCACUUUUCACUCUCACCUCGUCGUCCCAAAGGUCACGAUGGGGAAGAAAUCGAGGGCGACCGGGAAUGUCAGCAAGAAUCAGCUGCCCGUGUGUGAUGGCUCCUCACGUGCACUGACGCCCUGUCCGUGAUGGCAUCCGAGGCCGAGAAGGCCCAGGCUCUACUCCAGUCCUGCAGCGCUGAGUCUCUACUCUGCAGCCUCGGCCUGGGCAUAUUCUGCCUGAUGGCCGACAGACUUCUGCAGUUUUCCAUAAUUCAGCAGAAUAACUGGCUUCGCGCCCUCUCUGACAAUGCGGUGCACGGUGUGAUUGGCCUGUGGUCCUGGGCAAUAGUCAUUGGAGUCAAGAAGAAGACUGACCUGAGAGAAAUCAUUUUAGCUGGAUUUUUGGCCUCUGUUAUUGAUGUAGACCACUUUUUGCUAGCUAGAUCCCUAUCUUUACAGGCUGCGCUGACUCUCCCACGAAGGCCUUUCCUGCACUGCUCCACGGUGAUACCCGCGGUGGCUCUGACCCUCAAGUUCACCAUGCACCUCUUCAAGCUCAAAGACUCGUGGUGCUUCCUCCCCUGGAUGCUGUUCCUGUCCUGGACCUCGCACCACGUCCGCGAUGGCAUUCGCCACGGCUUGUGGAUAUGCCCAUUCGGAAAAACCUCUCCCGUGCCGUUCUGGCUUUAUGUGGUGAUCACGUCAUCUUUACCUCACCUCUGUUCCCUGGCUAUGUAUUUCACGGGGACCAGACAAGCGAUGUCCUCAAAGCACGGCGUCCAUAUCGAUGUCUGAGCCCGCCGUGCGGCCGCCGGGGAUGAACGCACGGCGGGCAGGACAGUUAUGGGUAGCCAACGUUAAACUGCAUUUUAGAAAACAUGUUAGGUACUUGUAUUAAUCAUUAUGAUUCCUGGAUCCUCUUGCUCAGGAGGCACGUACACAUUUUUAGAAGUGAUAUACUUGUAAUUCUGCUUCUCUAUAUAUAGUGUGAUAUUUAGAGGCCCAUUUAUUCCAUCGUUCCUGCUGUUUACCUGGCUUUGCUAAUAGCUCUAUUAGAUUAACACCUAGUUAAGUUUUCUGGACAUAUAGUUUUAAGGGAGUCUGUUGCUGAUGAAAAACAGUUCAGACUUUCAGGUGACUAAUUUGUGGAAAGUUAGCAUUGUAUUUGGAUCCUCAUUUUCCAGAUAUGUUGAAACAGUGAAAUGGCCAAAGUAAAUGAGAUCAUGAGUAAGAUGAAUAGUGAACACUAACAUUUCUUUCUGUCAUAUAUGUUGAUCCAGACUGAAGUUUAAUUUCUCAAGUGCUUUAGUGAGUUGUGACUACUGGCAGAAUCGGCUUCAUGCACUUGUGAGAAAUUGUCAUAAUAUUCAUAAAUGACAGUGACUAACACUAGAUCUAGGUUAUUUUUCGGCAAUCACUUUAGGAAAUUAUUGUAAUACGUUGGCUGUAGUAACAUCUUCCUGAAGUGCUAUUUUUUCAGUAUCUUUGCCCCGAAACGUCAUGUGUUAGAGUUUUAACUGUUUUGAAAAGCAUAACUAAAUUGAACAAAAUACUUGUUAAAAAUUAACAUGAACAAAGUAUUGCUAUGUGGCUUAUAACCAUAGGACUUGAAUUCACACACAGGAAAGGACUUACCAGUAAUGUCAUUUUGAAUGUGAGCUCCCGAAUGUGCCAUUAAAAUUGUUUUAGCUGCUGUCAAUUUGUUCACACACUCUUCCAAAAUAUUAUGCCAAUUACAUCAUUUAAAAAAAAAAAUUGGCCUGAUACUGAGAGACAAAACAUUUUUUUUCAAAGUAGUGUUAGAAAAGUUGACUUUUCCUUUUUUUUUUUUUCUUUCAGGUUGAUCUGUCAAAAAUGAUUAGCCUUUAUUAGAGAAGGGAAUGUAGUUGCUGUAAAUUUUACAUGUGCACAGUUUAGUGUUACUUAGAUACAAAAGUCGAAGCCCCAAAGGCACCAGCUUUUGUUUGUAGCAUGUGAACCACGGGCUGUCUUCAUGUUUUCUUACAUGUUUGUGACUUUUGAUGCUAGUGAUUGGGUGCCUUCCUCUCUGAGAAAUAAUGCAGCAAUGCCUUACUGAUCCAAAGCGGACUUUUGUUAUUAAGUUAAACAGUUCUGUAAAUCGUUACCAAGGUUCAAGUCCUUUAGUUUAGUUUUUAUUGUUUCUGUUAACCAAUUGGUUACAAUCUGUUUUAUUUUACAACCUAUUAUGUCUUACAAUCUGUUACUAUCUUUUGAGAGUAAUUAUUGUAUCAGUUUGGUUGGUUUAAUAGUUAAUAUUUUGGGGGUAAAUUAAGG